AGAGGAAGGAGCAGCCCAGCCUGUGAGCAGCCCUUAACCCCUUCUGCGCCCAGAGAACCGGUGGGAGCCGGAAAGGGGGGACCCCCCAGAGCAGCAGCACCUCCAAAGCGGAGCCCCCCCGGGGCAGGGCAACGCGAGGCAGCAGCAUGAGCGCCUGGAGCUGAGGUCGGAGCGCGGUGGUGUCCCCGUCCCGCCGUCCCCUCGACACCCACCAUGUCCUUUGCCAUGCUGCGCUCGGCCCCCAGCCGGUUCCUGUACCCCGAGAUCAGCAUGCUGUCGGAGGAUGAGGAGAAUGGCAGCGAGAGCUCGGGCUCCGAGGAGAAGCCCUACCACCUGGACGCCGACGGCUAUGGCCUCAAAGCCGCCAAGCGCCGGCACGGCAAGAAGCCCACCCGGCUGCACCGGGAGCCGCGGCAGCGCCACACGGCCAACGCGCGGGAGCGGGACCGCACCAACAGCGUCAACACGGCCUUCACGGCGCUGCGCACCCUCAUCCCCACCGAGCCGGCCGACAGGAAGCUCUCCAAGAUCGAGACGCUGCGCCUGGCCUCCAGCUACAUCUCCCACCUGGGCAACGUGCUGCUGGUGGGCGAGGCGUGCGGCGACGGGCAGCCCUGCCACACCACGCCGGCCUUCUACCACCACGGCGGCGGCGGCAGCCCCGCGGCGCGCGACCCCGACGCCUCCCAGCCCAAACAGAUCUGCACUUUCUGCCUCAGCAACCAGAGGAAGCUGAGUAAAGACCGAGACAGGAAGACGGCGAUUCGGAGCUAGAGGAUCAUAGGAAGGACAAGGAGGAGCAGAAGGAGGAAGGAUGGAAAAGCCACACACCCAAAAACCACAGCCAUGGACACUCCUGCCUUCACCCCGCUGCUGGGGAGAGCUGCAGGGGGACCUCACCCUGACCGGACACACGCCUUGGGAGAGGCCGGGCGUCCUCCCGGCUCGAGGGGUGACUGCAAUGGGACAUGGAUAUGGACACGGACAUGGGCCUGGGCAUGGGCAUGGAUACGGACAUGGACAUGGCAGGACUUUGCGGCUUGGAGGAACAUUGCUCCACGAUGGAGCAGCCGCUGCCUGGUGAGCCAAAGGGACAGGAAACUGGCUCCAGGGAUGCUCCUUGGGAAGGGAAUCCCUGCCUCGGCCUCUGCGGAUGCCACAGCGGCUCCCGGGGGAGAGCUGGAGCUUGGACAUGUCCCAUCAGCCCAGGUCUGACCUGAGCAGCGCUGGGGAAAGCACUGAUGGAGAAGGACUCUGCUCCCCCCUUCCCCUUCCAGCUUUGAGCCACUCGAUGCCCUGAACUGUGAGUCCUGGGGUGCUGCCUUUGUGGGGUUCAAUCAAUACAUGCUGGUGUUUCAUGUCAUUGAUGUGAUAAUAUAAAGCCUGAGCAAUGUGUAUAAUUAAAGUAUGGUUCAGACUC